GAGACGGAAGCGAACGAUGUUGCAGCGAAGGACAAACAGCCGGCUCCUGCGCAACUCCAUGAUGCCGCAGACCAAGCGAGUAAGGCGAAAGAGGACGACGAGUCUACUGCAUCUCCCCCGAGAUCUAUAGCGAAACACGCCCAGAAACCCUCCAUAGCCAGCGUUUCCGAAUUCUCCCACCAGCCCAUUCCUGAACGACUCUCCACGGACGAUUCUAAGCCCGACGAAGAGGAUGAAUGGCAAGAGAUGCCCGCUUUGGCCACACAUCGUAUCUACGACGACUGGGGCAAAGUGCUGGCGAAAGAGUACGGCGAAGUCGAGGAUGAAACGGUCAAGUACGGCACACUAGGCGGUGCCGGCAAGGGAUACAGUCGCGUACAGAUGGAGGAGGAUGCAAAGUCCGCUACGAGUCUGGACGAUCAUACAGCAUAUCUGUUCAAGGAUGGGUAUUCGCGGAACGUACUGGUGGAAGAGGAUGAUGACGAUGGGAGAGAUCUGCUGUCGCAAAUGCAGACCACAAAGGAAUUGCUUACAGAAGGCCAACGGAUCGCAUAUGUAGGAGUGGUGAGGCUGUCGCUCGCUCAGAUGGCGAAACAGAUUGCCGAGCUGGAGCAUACGAAAGGCACGAAGAAAGAGCUGGAGACCGCCCUCGAGGCGAUGCGCAUGUGGAGUCAGAAGAUCAUGUUGCGGCUAUAUAAUCACAUGGAGAUCGACGCGAGAGAGCAGAUCAUGGUGGAGCAAUUGGCGGAUCAUGGAGUGCUCCCAGAGGAUUUGACGCCGGCAUUGAUGCAGAAUGCGAGGGUGAAGAAUCCAAAGAUGGAAGAGGAGGACGAAGCUUCGCAGCCCGGAUCUGCAAGACAGUCGGUAUCUUCUCCUCUACCGUCAAGACCGACGAUAGAGUCAAAACCUGCUACACCUGCCGCAGAGGAUGCUCCACCACCAGCAUAUCACGAGCACACGGCUGAUGAGCUGACCAUACAAGACCCGGACGACCUACAAGACGAGAAGAAUCUCGACUUGGACAUCAGAUGGACCGUGCUAUGUGAUCUGUUCCUGCUUCUCAUCGCAGACAGCACCUACGAUGCCCGCUCAAGGCAGCUUCUGGAGCACGUCGGCAAAGCGCUCUCGGUCGAAUGGCAAGACAUCUGCCGCUUCGAAAAGCGAGUCACUGACGCACUAGAAAUGCAAGAACAAGGCGACAAGGAAAAUUGGAACGAAGACGAGCACCUUGAUGCUCGCCGUAAAGCAGCACGAAAUCGCCGACUGAUGGUCAUGGGAAUGUGUACCGUCGGUGGCGGUCUAGUCAUCGGUCUCAGCGCUGGCCUCCUCGCGCCUGUCAUUGGAGCUGGUCUCGCGGCGGGCUUCACCACCAUCGGCGUGGCCGGCACGGGAGGAUUUCUCGGAGGCACUGGUGCUGCCGCUCUGAUCGGUACUACCGGUACGCUCAUAGGAGGCAAAAUCGGCCUGACCACGAGCCACCGACGAACAGGCGCCGUCAAAACCUACGAGUACAAACCGCUCUUCAACAACAAACGCGUCAACCUCAUCGUGACAGUAGCAGGCUGGAUGACGGGCAAAGUCGACGACGUGCGCCUCCCCUUUAGCACCAUCGACCCAGUCAUGGGCGACAUCUACUCGGUCAAUUGGGAACCCGAAAUGCUGCAGUCGACCGGGCAGACCAUACAAAUCCUCGGCACCGAAGCUCUCACUCAGACGAUUCAACAAGUCCUCGGCGCCACCAUCCUCACCACCCUCAUGGCCGGCCUCUCCACGCCCAUGAUCCUCGCCAAAAUGUCCUAUCUCAUCGACAACCCCUGGACCGUCUCCCUCGCCCGCGCCGACGCCACGGGCCUCAUCCUCGCGGACUCGAUCAUCGACCGUAACCUCGGCGUCCGACCCAUCACCCUCGUGGGCUUCAGUCUCGGCUCCCGCGUCAUCUUCUCCUGUUUGAAAGAACUCGCUCGAAGAGGUGCAUUCGGCCUGAUUCAAAACGUCUACAUGUUCGGAUCCCCGGUGGUGGUCAAGAAAGACGAGUACAUCCGCGCCCGCAGCGUUGUCCACGGCCGCUUCGUCAACGGCUACGCGACCAACGACUGGAUUCUCGGCUACCUCUUCCGCGCCACCUCGGGAGGCAUCAUGCGUGUCGCGGGUCUCGCGAGCGUGGACGUCACGGGGAUUGAGAACAUCAACGUCACGGAACAUGUCCCCGGCCACAUGGCGUAUCGCGCGAUGAUGCCUACUCUCCUCUCCAACGCGGGCUGGGCGGUGGAAUCGCUCGAGUACACGGAGAUUGAAGACCCGGAUCCGGAUAAUCACGAUAAACGACAGAGGGAAUUGCUGAACGAGAUUGAAGAGGCGAGACGACAGUUGGAUGAACAACCCGAGAAGAAAGGGUUCAAAGCGUUCUUUUCGAGGAAGAAGGCGACGCAGAAGAAAGUCUGGGAGACGUAUGAUGAGCGGAACGCUCGCGUCCUCGAAGGCGACGAAAAAGCCGCGGAGCAACUCGCGCAGGAGUCGUUGGCCAAGGAGGCGAAUGUCAUGUUCGACGUGGACGCUAUACGAAAAGAAGCAUUGGCGCUCGCAAUUCAACGACCCAGCGACAUUGAAGAGAUCAAACAACAUCUCAGCGUGAGGGAGAUUAAGAGUACCAUGCCCGCGUUGAAGGUGGACUUGAACUCUUCGCCU